AUGCCGCCAAAAGCCCAAGGCCUUCUCAAUGAGACCAUGGCAUGGCUCGACACCUGGUACGACCCCUCGGCCGGCUAUCUUUACGAUUGCGCCGGCUCCGUGGCACUACGACAUGAGACGCGCAGCUCAGCCUGGUAUGCAUUGGGUCUACUGGCGCGUAACAAUGGCAGCGAUGCAGUCGAGGCUGAGAGGAUUGUUCGUAACAUAAUCCAGGCGCAGUUCAAGAACGAGCAGGACCAGUGGUAUGGUGACUACGAAAUGUACCCAGGACAACCCCAAGUCGGGAGUUCGGUGUACCCGGCCGUCAUCUACAACUCGUGGGAUCCAAAUUGGCGCGGUUUUGUCGGCACGACUUUUAUCAUGAUCUUGGAAGAGUUCGGUGAAUUAUUGAGUGACGACACCCAGGAAAUGGUGCUGGAGUCGUUGUACAAUACUACAAAAGGAGAUACGUAUAGAGUCGGCGGUGUCGAUGACGAUAACUUGUACCCCUCAUACAGCAACCCAGCCAUUAUGCGAGCCUUCGUAUCAGGAUGGACCGGCAGGCGACUCACCGACAGCAACAUGACGGCUUCGGGUGAGAUGUAUGCUCAGGAGAUAAUCGACCUAUUUACUAUGUACGACACCCUCUCGGAGUUCAACAGCGGAACCUACACAGGCGUCUCGCUUUUCGGCCUUCUACUAUGGUCCAAGUACCUUCCCAAUGACUCCGUUAUGACCGAAUAUGGCCCCAAGAUGUUGCAAGACACCUGGAAGGCCGUUGAGCAACUCUGGCAUCCAGGGUUCAAGAACAUGGUCGGCCCCUGGGAUCGGGCAUAUGGAUUCGACAUGAACCGCUACGUCUCUCUGAUGGGACUGUGGUUCUGGGCCUUGAUCGGCAAAGACAAGUCUUCCAUAAUCGAGCAUCCGCAAGACAUGUCGCAUUCUCCCGACUGGGCGUGGGGUCCUCCAAUGGCUGUAUUGGCCGGUUUUCAUGAGACGCUCAUCCCGAACGACACUCUUACUAAAUUGGAAACGUUCAGUGGAGAGCAUAUCUUCACGGCUUCGGCGUACUAUCCGCCGUAUGACCUGAAGCCGCGGAAUAUCACCACGUGGUUGUCGGAAAACCUAACUAUCGGCGGCGAGUCAUACACCGAGAAUGUGUUAGGUGGCCCCUCGGAGAGUCAGGGCUCAUUUAACCCCGCCAUCAUCCACUGGAAUACCGGCGACGAAAUCAACUUCUUAUCCUGGUAUGCCACCGAAAUGGCGCUCGAGGCCGACGUCUCGCCGGGGAAACUCAACUUGACAUACCCUCAGGGCAACGCUUCUUCCACCUUCACCUUCGUGGUUGGCACAUUCAAAAAGGUCAACAUGAUCUUGAGUUGGGAGGACCUCCAGGGGUUGAAUGUGACCCUCUCAGGUAAUGUCAAUGCAUCCUACAGUCUGUCCUUCGCAGGCCAACUCGGAGGUUCGGGUGAUCUGGUCCGGGAUUUCGAGUUCUGGAAUUUCACCUAUACGAUGCCGAGUGGGUUUGAAGGGAUUCCGAAUAUAUGCCUGGAGUUGAAGCUUAGCGAAUGA